GGUACACAAUGCUGUCAUACAGCUAGCUACAGCGCAGUGCUCGCGGAAUUGUUAGAUCGUGUCAGUGAUCACAAUUCGCCUGAAAAUUCCAAGGCCACCACCAAAGAACUCCUCUUGACAACACCUAUAGCUUGACAAAAGUGACAUCUAUGGGCUAAAUAAAGAACUUUUGUCGUGAAGUUCGUUACAGUAUUUUCUUGAAAGGAAUCAGGAAAUCCCAACGUUCAAAAUGGCCGUAACGCUUGAUCCCAACGCUUUCUUCCAAUGGAUGUCAUGUUUUCAGAACUUUUCCGAGAUCAACAAUACAGUGUGUGAACCGUAUAUGCCCACGACUGAUUACCAAGCUCCCUACUACGGUGACCAGAUGGCCGAGUUCAGGGCUCGAUACACCGAGUUUCAUGGAUACCUAAGUUUGACGGUUUGUACCUUUGGUAUAAUUACUAACAUCUUAAACAUCGUUGUACUAACAAGAAAAGACAUGAUGUCACCAACUAACACCAUUCUGACAGGAUUAGCAGUGGCGGAUAUGUUUGUCAUGCUAUCCUAUGUGCCGUACAGUAUUCAUAUGUACAUAAGAUCUCAUCAGUUGGCUAACGAGAGAUAUUCCUUUUCCUGGGCAGUAUUCACCCUGAUACACGCUCACUUGACAGUGGUGUGUCACACAGUUUCCAUCUGGUUGACAGUUACGCUUGCCAUGUGGCGAUUACUUUCCAUAAGCUUCCCAACCAACAGCAAGAAAUGGUGCUGCAUGUUUCGUGCUAAAUGUGCAAUACUCUGUACGUACGUGUGCUGCCCUCUGUUCUGUGUACCUACCUAUCUUACAUUCACCAUUCGGGAAGAUGGCAGAGGCACAAAUAAGUACACGGUGACCUUUAGCGAUUCGGCGGUAAGGCACAAUCACUUGCUAGAAAGGGUCAACUUCUGGAUCUUUAGUGUUUUAAUGAAACUUGUUCCAUGCAUUGCCCUCACUGGUUUGAGCCUAGCACUCGUCCGCGUUCUGUACGUUACUAACGUCCGAAAGCAUCGACUUAAAAAUAGGAAUACCUCUUGCAAACCAACAACAGACAGAACAACAAAGAUGUUACUAGUUGUACUUUUAGUUUUUCUGUUAACCGAGUUCCCAACAGGGAUACUCGCCUUGCUCUGUGGCAUUCUGGGAAAAGUUUUCUUUGUUAACGUUUACCACAACUUAGGGGAGGUGAUGGACAUCAUGGCGCUGAUUAACAGUGGUGUAAACUUUAUCUUGUACUGUACCAUGAGUCGCAAGUUUCGCCAAACUUUUGCUCGGAUUUUUAAGCCUAAUUUUCACCAUACGUGGAUUGCCAUGCCAAAGGAACCGGCAACCCUGGCUACAAGUGUCUUGUAAAAAACAAAAUUGAAAGAUAAAUUAACAGAAAACCGAAUGUUAUGAGUUGUUAAGCAUGUCAAAACUACACAUGCAUGUUUUAAUAUCAAGUUUCUUCAUGUGUUUUACGUAUGUA